AUGCAGUGCCUGGCAAAGCAUGCGGCAUGCGCCGACUGCGGUGCGAGCCGCUCGACCAAGUGUGCGUCCUGCGUCGACGGCGUGUACGAGCACAUCCACUGGCUGGACACCUAUGUCCUGGCGGCUAAGGUCAGGUGCCCCAACAACGAGGCCUACAGCUGCCGGCGCUCGGUCCCCUACUGCUUGGCCGGCGACCACCAGCUGGUGUGCGCGCACGCGCCUUGCUGCUGCCCGAAGCCCGGCUGCAUCUUCCUCGGCUCACCACCGACGCUCCGAGACCACCUCGCCUCGCACCACAAUUGGGUCGUCACACCCAUCCCCUGCGGCAAGUGCAUCGUGGUCGAGAUGCAGCUCGCGGAGCGGCGGCGCUUGCUGGCCACCGAGGAAUGA